AUGGCGGUUGCAUCAGCAGCCGCAGCAACCAUUCCAAGUGGAUGUACCUUGAGGCUGCCUACGAGAACAGCUUCUAUCGCGGAUAUCAAAGUCGUGUCGGCUCCUGCGUUAUCAGCGUCAGAAGAACGUCCACGUGGCACCUCCACAUUGGCCUUCUGGUUAAGGCAGGGGAAUGGCUCCGGCAAGGAGAGGUCAGGCGGAGCAUCGUGUCCGUCAGAUGUGCCUCGAGAGGACGAUGAGUACGAGACCCAACGGCUGAGGAAAUCGAAGCUGAAGCGCAAGGCAGAGGCGAGCACAGGGGAAGACGAGCACAGAAGCAUUGAGGAGCAGCAGGGGCUGGCGCAGCAGCGGGUGGAGCAGCAGGGGCUGGCGCAGCAGCGGGUGGAGCAGCAGGGGCUGGCGCAGCAGCGUGUUCGGGAGGAGGUGGGGUGUACUUCCUGGGAGGAGGUGGGGUUGUACUUCCUGGGAGGAGGUGGGGUGUACUUCCUGGGAGGAGGUGGGGUGUACUUCCUGGGAGGAGGUGGGGUGUACUUCCUGGGAGGAGGUGGGGUGUACUUCCUGGGAGGAGGUGGGGUGUACUUCCUGGGAGGAGGUGGGGUGUACUUCCUGGGAGGAGGUGGGGUGUACUUCCUGGGAGGAGGUGGGGUGUACUUCCUGGGAGGAGGUGGGGUGUACUUCCUGGGAGGAGGUGGGGUGUACUUCCUGGGAGGAGGUGGGGUGUACUUCCUGGGAGGAGGUGGGGUGUACUUCCUGGGAGGAGGUGGGGUGUACUUCCUGGGAGGAGGUGGGGUGUACUUCCUGGGAGGAGGUGGGGUGUACUUCCUGGGAGGAGGUGGGGUGUACUUCCUGGGAGGAGGUGGGGUGUACUUCCUGGGAGGAGGUGGGGUGUACUUCCUGGGAGGAGGUGGGGUGUACUUCCUGGGAGGAGGUGGGGUGUACUUCCUGGGAGGAGGUGGGGUGUACUUCCUGGGAGGAGGUGGGGUGUACUUCCUGGGAGGAGGUGGGGUGUACUUCCUGGGAGGAGGUGGGGUGUACUUCCUGGGAGGAGGUGGGGUGUACUUCCUGGGAUUUAAGCAAGGAUGGAGGAAUGAGAGGGUGGUGCAGACAGUAGCAGGGACCGCGGGGAGUGCAGGGUGUGAAGGGGUUGCGGCAGGGCGGAUCGUGCUCAUCACCCAUGCAGAGUGCACCGCAGUGCAGCUGGCAAAGCACAAGCGUGCCUGGAACCACGGCCAGCAGGUCACCCUCGUUUCGUGUCACCCACCGCUUGCCUGCGUGAAGGAAGAGGAGAAAAGGAGAAAUAGCAGCGGUGUUGGAGAGGGCAAUGGGUGUGAGCCCCACGUGGCUGCUGGGCGGCCAAUGGAAGUUUGGAUUGGUGGAGGGGCAAGUGCAGGUGGGAGUGCUGGAGAGGGCAAUGGGUGUGAGCCCCACGUGGCUGCUGGGCGGCCAAUGGAAGGUGGGAGUGCUGGAGAGGGGCAUGAGAGUCACACCCAUCUGGCUGCUCUGCUGGGUGGCGUGUUUGUACGUCCGUGGGAGGCAGCUGGUGGGGUGCCUCCCAUGCCCAGCCGGGUCAUGCACAUUCCAUGUGCUAUUGUUAAUGAGGAGUCGUUUGAGUCGACUCACACGCACUCCCCGCAGACUCCCCCAUCCCUCGUCGCUCUCUCUCCCCCACAGGCAUAUCUAACAUGCAGUGCUGGUUUCCGCACCACCAACCCCUGCCUUGCCUCCCCUACGAUCGCUGCUACUCCUGCUCCUCCUGUCUCUCCUCCUGCCACAGCUAGUGUGCUCCCUUCGACUGCCGUCCCCUCUGCUCCAAAUUUUCGUCCUCUUCCUGCUGCUCCUCCCAGCCCCGCUUCUGAUUCACACCCUGCAAAAGAAACCCAGCCGAGUGCAAGGGUGCGUGGCCCACGGGACGCGGCAGAGCAACCAGCAGAGCCGCUGACUGGUGUGGCUGUAGAGGAGGAGGAUCAAAAGGACGAGCUGUGUGCAGCGGUGUGUGGGGUGAGGGCGGUUUGGGUGCACCCGGCACACCGGCGGAGGGGAGUUGCCACUGAGAUGAUCAAGGCUGUGAGCACAUACACUUCCACCUCGCCCAUGUGUUCUCACCUCGCCCAUGUGUUCUCACCUCGCCCAUGUGUUCUCAACUUUCACAUGCUCUCCAUUGCACCUGUCCCUUCACUUCCUUACACACUCCCGCCAUUCCACAUUCACAAUAUUUUGUUCAUCCUACCACAUCCCAACCCUAAGCCUUUUUCAUCACAUCCCCCCAUGCCUUUGCCCAUGCCUGCUCGCUCUCCCCGUCUUCUUCCUCUCACUUUCCCCUCGCACCUGCUUGAUUCGCCACCUUCCUUCCCCCUCUCCCCACCACCUUUGCCUGGCGAUCACUUUAUCUAUGCCAGCUCACUCUCACCAUCUUGCCUCACCAUCUCUCACUGCCUCCGCCCCCACCCCAUUUCCCCCCUUUUCCCCCUUUCACUGCCCCGCCAUCCUGGUUCCACCACUGCAUCUCCUUCGGCUAUACCUGCUCGCUCUCGCCACUUUGCCUCACCAUCUCUCACUGCCUCCUCCCCCACCUCCUUUCCCCCCUCCCACUGCCUGCCAUCACAUCCCCCCCACCACAGCAUCUCCUUCGCCUAUGCCUGCACGCUCUCACCAACCAACUCCCCACUUUGUUUCCCCUUUGUCAACCACCCCCCUUUUCCCCCUCCCCUCCCAACCGGCCCGCCCCUGGCCGCUCUUGCUUGCAUCUCCUUCGCCUAUGCCUGCACGCUCUCACCAACUCAGAUCGCAUUCUCGCAGCCAACCGAGUCAGGCAGGGCCUUCGCAGCUGCGCCUGACCAUUUCUCACUGCCUUCCCCCACACCCCCUUCUUCCCCUCACUACCUGACCAUCCUCUUAUACCGCAGCGUCUCCUUCGCCUAUGCCUGCACGCUCUCACCGACUCAGAUCGCAUUCUCGCAGCCAACCGAGUCAGGCAGGGCCUUCGCUGCUGCGCUCUGCCAUCCCAAGCCCUUCCUGGUGUACAAAUAA